AUGGGGUUGCAAGGCGUGCUGAAGCGGGCGGAACUCCCCUUUGUCUCCCGAUGGAUUAACGAUGAUAUUCGCCCCAUCGAGUCUCAGAGACGGACUUGGGGGUACUUGAUGUUUCACAACUUUUGGCUGCUGGUCAACUGCAACAUCACGACCUAUCUGACUGGCAGUGCCCUCAUUCCCCUGGGUCUAACAUGGUGGCAAGCUUUCAUAUGUAUAAUCCUUGGUAACGUCAUUGCAACCGCGGUUGUCAUCGUCAACUCCCUCCCAGGGAGCUCUUAUCACAUUGGCUUUCCGGUGUUCAGUCGUGCGGUAUGGGGCAUGUGGGGGUCGCAGUUUGUCAUUUGGAACCGCAUCUUGCUAUCACUAGACACUGGCAUGACCACGGCUCAAUUCGUGUCCUACAUCGUUUUCAGCGUCAUCUCCCUCCCGGUCAUCUGGAUUCGCCCGCAUCGUCUCGAGAAGUUCUUCCGCUUCGCGUGCUCCGUCACCUUCGUCUUCUUCCUCGUCCUCCUCAUCUGGGCCCUCGCAACCAUGGGACCGUCAGGUUUUGGUGACACCAUAACAUCGGGUUCCGCUCUUCCCAAUACAGGCGGGCCGGAUAGUGUGGCUUGGUUAAUGGUCUAUGGGAUUGUGUCAACGAUUGGGUCCAUCGCCGCGGGCAUUCUCAAUCAGAGCGACUACUCUCGGUUCGCGACGCAGCCGAAGCACGCGAUCGUGGGCCAGGCCAUCUCGUUCCCUUUCUAUGGAAUCUUCAGUUCUCUGAUCGGCAUCCUCGUCACAGCCGCCACCCAGCACCGCUUCGGGGGCGAGGCUAUUUGGAACCCGCCAGCUCUGUUUGCCCAGCUUCUCGUCCAAGACGAAACGCCGGGAACGAGAGCGGCUUGCUUCUUUGCGGGGCUGUGCUUGGUGAUAUCACAGAUUGGCGUCAACGUACCCGGUAACGCCCUCGCCGGCGGUUUUGAUUUGGCUGCCACGUUCCCGAAAUAUCUCAACAUCCGCCGAGGAGCGUACAUGACGGCUGUUUUCAGCGUGGUUGUCAAUCCAUGGCGGCUGGUCAACACAGCGACAACGUUUCUGACUGUGCUCUCAAGCUACAGCGUCUUCCUUGCCCCGAUGACGGGCUUGAUGAUCUCCAGCUACCUGAUCGUCAACAAGAAGAAGAUCAACGUCGAUGACUUGUAUCGCGGCGAUUCUACGAGCGUUUACUGGUUUUCCUUCGGGUUCAAUUGGCGAGCCCUCGCAGCAUGGCUGAUAGGCGUUGUUCCAUGUAUGCCUGGUUUCAUCGCUGCGGUUGAUACGUCUGUGACUGUGAGUGAGGGCGCAACUGAACUGUAUCACAUGUCAUACUUGUAUGGCCUUUUGUCGAGUGGCCUGGUGUAUGCCUUGCUGCACAAAGUCUUCCCCGCGAGGGCUUUGGAUGCUUUUGUCAGAGACGCGCCCUCUCCGCGAGAGCUCCAGGAGAUGCAGAAGGGAAAGUGGGAUGUCACGCUAGCUGAGACUCCUGACAUUCUCGAGGUGCUGCCUGGGAAAGAGGGGAGAAAGGCUCACAAUACUGCAGAUGUCUCGCCUCCCAAGGCGGAUGUGUAA